AUGAUUCAGCGAUUGGGUACAAUAGAAAGUGAUGUGGCCGAUAUCAAGCAUAUUCUCAAAAACGAUGAUACUAAAAAAAGGAUGACGGAUGAUGAUGUAUAUUUCAUGGACUUGUCAUUUAUUGAUGCAAAACCACUUCAGACGGUGUUUCCAUACUCCUAUGAUGAUGCUGAGGGGGAGAAACUACCUCAAGGGGAGCCUAAUGAUGUUGAAUCUGAUGAAGAUAAUGUUCUGCUAAGAAGGAAACAAAAGGUCAAAGCUUCUUCUGUCGUUGGUUUCUCCAAAAAAGAAAUGCAAGGAUCUUAUAGUGACUGA